AUGGACACAAAAACCACAGAACCGUUGGAGCUGAUGCCUUAUCGCAUUGGACCUCCAAGACUUUCUAAAGAAUCAAGGAUUCUGGCCCGCUUUUAUGAGCCGCUCUAUCUGCUUCGAGCACUUGGUCAGACGAGAGGUGCACAUACACCUCAGCCGCCCAGUCCUAAUCAUAUUACAGAGACAAGGAGGAGGUUCCUGGAGAACCUUUGCUUUGUCUGCGACUUUACUAGGGGUGGGAAGUCUUGUACUGCUAUUGGACUAGAAGAAUGUCCAGACAAGUAUCAAUUCUGGGUUUCCUCGAAUGGCCAAAAUGCAAAGAUUGCCAAAUUUCUGGAGGAAGUGCUCGAGUUCUUGUCUUGUAUCGGUGCUUCUACCGAGACAGAGCUGGCCGAUACAGAGCUGGCCACCGUGAACAGCAACUUCGUUCGCCUCUGUGCAGAGUUUGCUAAACCCCGCAUAGAAGCAGAGCGGAAGCUGAUACAAAAACAAGCAGAAAAAUGUGUAUCCAAGAUACGGAACCGGAUGACUGAGGCGGAUGGGUCCAGCAUCCUCAUCGUCGUCGACAAUAUAGACGAAAGUCACAGAAUCGAUUUAGGUAACCUGGUCUUGAUGCUAGAGAAUUUAAUUAAUCAAAAAGAUCCGAUCAGACUUUGUGAGUUCGCACACGAACACCGACAGUCAACAUGGGUGACCGAUCUCAAAACUCUGGCCUUUGAAGAUGAGCGAGAAUUCGUCCCGGAAGCAGAACGUUCUUCUUUUUUCUCAGUUCGGCAUUAUGUUGGAACAUUAUCUCGCCAUAUAAGGGCACCUAGACAACUUGUCGAAGGCUCUCACAACAUGAGGCAGAUACUGCAAAUAUACACAGUUAUGAUGGUUAGUCCUCUCGCCGGCGUCCAAUUACCAUUACGUGAUAGACAUACAAAUCUCAGGGGAAUCAUGAAUCGGAUGUUCAAAGCACAUGAUGUGGAGAAGAAUAUGGUGGAAGCAGGACUUGUAUACUUGCAUAGAGUUUCUGGAGUAUUCGACGAGUUUGUGACGUUUUACAAAGAAUCUGAGGGCUGUGUGCAUGCCGAGAUCCAAGUCAUGGAGCAUUUCUGUCAGUCGCAACUCGCCUUUGCAUUCAACGAUCGUUUCAUUGCUUGCAGUAAACCAGCGUGUCUCUGUUGUGAAUUAUACUUCAAGCACCAUCCAGCUCGCAUAGUGGUUCCGUCAUCUCACAGAAAAGUUUGGACGAACUGGAGUCCCCCGAGAAUUGAGGACUUCGCUGCCAAGGAAGAUAUGGUCAUACAGCAAAGGCAAAUCAUGAGCAAGAUAACACAUGACGUCCGUGAGCAAGUCAUUGACCAGGUUUUGCAACGUACGUCACAAAUUCCCUGGCAUCCAGAUUCCAGAACUGGUAUCACGGAGUCGCUUGUUACGGCUCUUCAAGGCAUUUCUCUGGACCCACAGCUUUCAGAAGUAUCGGACAGCGAUUUUGACUCAGACUCUGUGGAUAGUUCGGAGAGUGAGACGUGGUCAGAUCUUGAAGAUGGCGAUGUGCCUUUAUUGGCCUGA